UUGAAAUAACUAUACAGUCGACGGAUGUGACCCAAGAAGAAAUGAAUAGUUUCUGCUCACAAGCUAUCUUCAUAGAAGCCUGCAUCGUUAUAACAAAUUCACAAUACCAGAGUCUGCGCUGCCCCUACCUUCAAGAAGUGCGGCCUUGCAAACUUGGUAAGCCUUUCGGUGUUAUAUCAAAAAAUAUGAGGUUUAUGAUUGUGUGUAAUGGUUAG